AUGGCCGCGCCGGGGGGCGGCGAGGGGCCCGCGCCGGGCCGGGGGGGCCGCGGGCUGCAGGGCGCCAUGAGGACGGCCAGCGGGGCCCUGGGCAUGGACAGCGCCGGGCGGACACGGGAGGCCUACAUGGAGUACCUGAAGAGCAUCACCCUCAUCAUGCAGGCCCUGCAGGAGGAGGCGGUGGGGACAGAGAGCAGUGAGGGGGUCACACCUGACACCCCGAAGUUGCUGAAGCUGGCAGAGCAGUGCCUGGAGAGGGUCAAAUCUAUUGCAGUGGUGCUGGGGAAAGCCCAGGUGAAACCGGCUGUGCAGGAGCGGGGAGGGGGCCCUGCCCCCCUGCCCAGGCACCGCCGGGUCUGCUCAGACGAGGGGGGGAAGCUCUCGCCCUUCCUGCCCCCGGAGAUCUUCCAGAAGCUGCAGAUUGCAGAGGCACAGAGCGCUCGGAAGGAGCUGACCCCGCUGGAAGAGGCCUCUCUGCAGAACCAGAAGCUGAAGGCGGCCUAUGAGGCACGGGUGGCACGGCUGAACCCCAGCCAGGCCCUGCAGAAAACAUCCCUGACACUGUCCCUGCAGCGGCAGAUGAUGGAGAACCUGGUGAUUGCCAAGGCCCGGGAGGAGACUCUGCAGCGCAAGAUGGAGGAGCGGCGGCUGAGGCUGCAGGAGGCGGCAAACCGGAGGUUCUCCAGCAAUGUGGCCCUCACCCCUGAGGAGCAGGAGCAGCGAGAGCUCUAUGCUGCCAUCCUCGAAUACGAGCAGGACCAUGACUGGCCCAGGCAGUGGAAGGCCCAGCUGAAGCGGAGCCCGGCGGAUCUCUCCGUGGUGUCAGGGCUCUUCUCCUGCCUCCUCAGCUCCCCCGAGCACCCGAUCUCGCAGCUCCUGCGGCGGCUGCAGUGCACGGUGUACGCCCGCCUGUACCCUGCUGUCAGCCAGGGCCCUGCUGACACCUCCCCCGCCUCCCCCUCGGGCCUCUCCUUCCUGUCACUGGAUGUGGGGGGCGCAGGGGGCUCCUCCCUGCCUACUGAGCCAGGGGGUCGCCGGCUCCGCGCCUCCCGCAGCCUGCACUGCAUGUUCUCGGUGCCUGAGCACGGCCCGGCCGCGCUGCGGCACAGCCAGUCCAGCACCCCCCUUGCUGAUGCUGGCACCCUGGGGCCCGCAGGGGCCCCCCAGACCCCCCGGGAGAGCUCCUUUGAGGACCUGGAGCGGUUCCUGGCAUCCCCCGAGGGCUGGGCCCCCACAGAGCCCCCAGCUGGCCCUGGACAGGACACGGUGCUGCCAGAGCUGCUGAAGGGCGUUGUGAGGGACAUCCACAACGCCAUUGACAGGCUGCUGGCCCUGACCCUGCUGGCCUUUGAGGGGCUCAGUACCACCGCUGGCAAGGACCAGUGCCUGGCCUGCCUGGAGGAGGCCUUCUUUCCCCCGCUCUGGGCCCCGCUCCUGGCCCUCUACAGGGCUGUGCACCGGCCCCGUGAGGCAGCCCUGGCACUCAGCAUGGAGCGGCACCGGCAUGCCAGCCCUGCCGACAUGGGGCUGGCCUCCCGCCUCUUCCCCACGGCCCCUGGCUGCCCCCCCUACGCCUCUGCAGUGCAGGACCUACGGCUCAUCCCACUGGAGACCUGUCCCCGCAGGAAGCUGGAGUGCAUUGUGCGAGCCCUGCGUGGCAUCUGCGAAUGUGCCGAGGAGUACUGUGGUGCCCGGGACACCCGGACCCCUGCCUCAGCCGCCAUUGGGGCAGACGACCUGCUGCCCAUCCUGUCCUAUGUGGUGCUGCAGACGGGGCUGCCCCAGUUGCUCUCCGAGUGUGCUGCCCUGGAGGAGUUCAUCCACGAGGGGUACCUGAUCGGGGAGGAGGGGUACUGCCUGACGUCCCUGCAGAGCGCCCUGUCGUACGUGGAGUCCCUGCAGUGACGAGGGGGCAGCGGGGGACCCCCGACACCGCCGGGCAGGAUGUGUGCGGGCUCGGCGAUGCGGCAGGAGCAUAGGCAGGAGUACGGGCAGGAGUUCCGGCAGGAGUUCCACCAGGAGUACCGGCGGUGCCUGGAGCAGGAAUUCGGC